AGUGCGUCCGGUAGAGCCGUAAGCGAAAUGUCAAACUAGUUAAGAUUUGUGAAGUGGACAACAAACGUCUACGCUUAUGUUUUUACACGAGUCAGGUCGGAGGAAUGAACGAGAUUUUAGGUGUGGGUCUUAAAAUGGGAUUGUUUUUGCACGUUGUAGCUGUCAGCCCCUCCGACGCGACAUUAGACGAGAGCGUACUGCACUGUGAGGGGCUGAACAACCAGAGCUACGUCUGCGAAUCAGGACACUGCUGUGGGGAGUCACAGUGCUGCAGUUACUACUAUGAACUCUGGUGGUUCUGGCUGGUGUGGGUCAUCAUCUUCAUCCUGAGCUGCUGCUGCGUGUGUCACCACCGGCGCACCAAGCACCGGCUGCAGCAGCAGCAGCGCCAGCACGAGAUCAACCUCAUCGCCUACCGCGAGGCGCACAACUACACCUCCCUUCCGUUCUACUUCAGGUUUCUUCCAAAUUCCCUCCUACCUGACUACGAGGAGGUGGUGAACCGUCCUCCCACCCCUCCCCCUCCCUACAGUGUCUUCCAUACAGUCAGCCCCCUGCCCACGGACCCACAGGACGGCCUGGGACUGGGACACUGCCCGACCAUCCAGACCACUCCGGUCCCCCCAGUGUCCGACACCCUCUGCUCCAGGCCGAGCCUGGAAGAGCCCCACCGCAUUGGGGCUCCCACCAUUGGCUACAACAGACACAAGGCAGACAAUAAGCCUCAGGAGCCCCAGGAUGGUGGACCAGGGCUAGGGCCCCAGGAUGGUGGACCAGGGCUAGGGCCCCAGGAGGCCUCUACAGAGGAGCCUAGAGGCCCAGAGAAGAGUUGCAAGGAGCCUCUGUUACUCGAGGACCUAGGGGGGCCCGAGAGCGGUGCCCAGGAGGACAAAGAUAAUAGGGGGGCCCUUGGGCGGCGGCGUCGUUUCACGGGUGACUCGGGUAUCGAGGUGUGCGUAUGUGACCGUGGUGGUAGUACAAGUAUUGGAAGCCAGGAGGGCAAGGAGCUGAGGGAGAAGGAUAGCCUAAUGGGGGAGGAGGUUGAGGAGCAGGAAGAAGGAGACUUCUGCGACGGGUGCGGUCACCCCACUCCGGGAGUAGAAGAGGAGCAGGCCCUAGCCCUGGAUGGACCCGAAAGUAGGUCGGAGUGCGGGUCGGCGACAGGGUCCACCUCCCUGCCACCACCCGCCAUGAUGCAACCCACCCAGCCCCCGGUGUGUCUGCUCCUCCACACCAUCAACGAGCUUGAGGGGCCCCCUCACCAUGGCAACAGCACAGAGCCCCAGGGCUGAGCUACGCUAAGCUAAAGCACAUCUUCACCAAGGAGGGAGAGAGAACUAGGAGUGGGAGUCAAGACUUUAGUGUGUGUGUGACUGUCUGAGAUUGCGUGUGUGUGUGUGUGUGACUGUCUGAGAUCGUGUGUGUGUGUGACGAGUAGGAAGUUGUAUUUUAUCCCAGAGUCUGGACUUGAAAGCCUGAUGUUGAUAGCUAAAGCCCCUUUGGCAUACUGUAAUGGUGGCCUUAACUGCAAUGUACAAGGAGACCGGAGGAGAGGUUUAUCCUGUCACCAACCUACCUACAGACUGCAUAAAUGUCCUCCUUUGUCUGCCUUUACCAAGAGGAGGCGAAAGGAGACCGUGUUAAGACUUAUGCAAGCUGGAGGAGAUUGAUAGUCUGGUCAGUGGAAGCUGACCUGACGGUUGGUGCGACUGUAGUAUAGUGUAAAUACACACUGGUGCAACUCUAGCCUGGUCCCAGAUCAGUUUGUGCUGUCUUGCCAACUCCUAUGCUCAGUGUACCAAGCUAGUGGAAAUCAUCGCAGCUACUUCCUGUGUCUGUUCACAGGAAGGAACAUCCUGGACAAAUACACUGAAGCGGUACAGGAACAUUGUCAAGCAGUGCAGUGUGGAUCGUCAUGGCGACGAUGUGUGCGUAUGUAAUGUGAUAGUCCCAGUCGGUAUGAAAUAGAACGUGGUGGCCCUGCCUGCCUGUGGGGAAAACAACCCAUGGUUACUUUGGUUACCCCAUUGGCUCACAGCAAAAACUUGACCUUUUUCCAAAAGCAAUUUUCUUGUCUGCUUGUUUUAGUCAAUUACAAAACUACAUUUAAGAAAAGUACAACAUGUGUAAAGAUUACUUUUCAAGUUUGCCUGCUCCUGAGCGUUCUCACUACUUAGAACAAUGUAAUGUUGUAGGCGCUUCCCUCGUUUUUAUGACGGCACUAAUGUUAACCACGUGAGUGAGUGCGUUCUAGCUAGCUACCAACCAGAACAGGACUCUCCAACCCUGUUCCUGGAGAGCUACCCUCCUGUAGGGUUUCACUCCCAACCCCAGUUGUAACUAAUCUGAUUCAGUUUAUAAACAGUUCAUUUUUAGAAUCAGGUGUGCUCGAUUAGGGUUGGAGUGAACCUACAGGACGGUAGCUCUCCAGGAACAAGGUUGGAGAGCCCUGAACCAGAACAUUAAGCUAGCCAACACAAACAAACGGACUAGCUAUAAACCUGCAAGUAGUGAGUGGAGUUCCAAACGGACUGUACUAAGCAAGUUAAAUGUCUUACCUGUGAUAAAAUGUUUUCCACACACGUAGCUAAAGUGUAGCCUUUGACACCGGGUCCCCACAAUUUCUCACUCUUCCACACCGAAUAGCCUGAAGCCACAGGGCUCUUCUCGCUGGCUCUAUUUCCCUACGUGGGAAAUGUACUACGAAGUUGGCUCUUUUACAGUUGGGAUCAAUGGGGAAAGAAUGUUUGUUUUCCCAAAUUGGUGGGUGUUGUCGAGGACAAUUAAUUCUUAUGACAUGAAUACUGACUCGGAGUAUACUGUACAGGAAGAGCCUGACGCUAAACACUGCGUGUGAUUGUUACUGUUUCACAUAAGACCUUUUAGCCUUAUGGUUUUUUACUCUCCUACAACCCUGUUGUCACAGGGACCCAAGUGCAUUAACACAUUUUGUGUGACACAAUCAUUUUAUUUUGCACAUAAAUAUAUGUAAAUCUAAUAAUGGAGACAAAGAAAUGAAUCAAACAUAAAAAAGUUGUAUCUGCGAAUCCUGUCUUUUUUUCUAAUUUUUAUUUUAAAUUGAAUCAGUUACUAUUUGUUUUGUAAAGGAUGGUUUUCUAAUGUGUCGUUGAGAUUAAUUCUACAUGGGUAAAAACACAACACUUACCACAUACGGGCCUCUAUCGGAGUCUAGGACGUGAUUGGUUCUUCUUCUCAGAGAUAUUGAUUACAUGAGUGUAUUGUGCAUCUCUGAGAAACUGUCAUGUUUGCGAUAGCUCGCAAUGAUUGUGCAUUAGUGAAACUUACAGGUCCGUAGGAGAAACGGGUACCAAAAAAAACGUUUAGUUACGAGAACCAAGCUAUCAUAAGUGCUUUAUAUAGGCCUAUUAUGCAUUUUGUAUAAACAAAUAGCAUAUUCUAUAAUUGUGGUACAACAAAGGUAAACUAUUCUGCAUUUUGGACGGAUGUCUUUGUCAACUUGUGUAAUGAAAUUGUAAAGCUUUUGAUCGACAUAUUGGAAAAUUGUGUAUUAUAAUAUCAUACAACGCGUUUAUGAACCAAACUAGCUACUUUUAAAUCUGUCAUAGCAAAAUGUCAGUCUACAAUCAUUAGUUUUUUAGUUAGUGAAUGAUUAAUUUCUAUUUUAAUAAAUAACUUACUAUUGUUUUGAGUAUAGAAUUGUUGUACUCUUGAAACAUUCAAUCUCCAAUCAAUCAAAAGAGUGUGAAGGUGAAGAUACAGGGAACUCAAUGCACAGAUGAAAUGACCUAUUGAAUGAUGUGACAAUAUUGUAUUGUGAAUAAUGGACAUCAUGCCAAAGAUAUUAUGCUGUUUCCACACGGGAUGUAAGGUGGUUGUGCACAUUUUCUGUCUUUUUGUUCGUAAGAGAUUUUAUUACAGCAGCGAAAUUGACACAUGUUCAAUAAAUGUAAAGCAGAAAUAC